AUGAAUAAUAUUGAAUAUUAUAACAAUAAAAGAUCAAGAAGUAGAUCAAGGUCACCAAGUCCAAUAGAUGAUAAUAGUUAUAGAAAUCGUUCAAGAUCAAGAUCUAAUGAUAAUUUCAUAAAAACCUUAUUGGUUGGAAAUAAUAAUAAUAAUAAUAAUAAUAAUAAUAAUAAUAAUAAUAAUAAUAAUAACAUUGGUAAUAAGAACAACCAUAGUAUAAAUAAUAUAAAUAAUAAUAUAAAUAAUAACAUAAAUAAAAAUAAGAAUAAUUUUCAUAAAAAUAUUUUAUUAGAUUGUGAAGAAAUUGAAGAAAUUAAUAAUAAUCCAAAUUUAAAUAAAACAUCAUCAUUACCCCUAUCUAUACAACCAAUACCAACCGUCUCAACAUCCUUUAAUAAUAAAUCAUAUUCUUUUAUUGACUAUGAUAACAAUAUGAAUAAUAGUAAUAACAAUAAUAAUAAUAUUAGUAACAACAAUAACAAUAAUAAUAAUUUAAGGAUAAUAAAAAAAAAUGGUAAUUCAAAGGAAAAAGAUGCAGAAUUUGAUGAAAAAGAAGCACCAACAAUUGUUAAUAGCAAUAUGAUAUACAAGAUUUCACACACAGUACUAUUGUGUAUUAAAUGUAAAAGCUUAAUUCCAAAUUCAGCAGAAGAUUUAUUAAAAGAUGCACCAAAUACAAUAUUACCAAGCCAUAUAGAUAAAGAAUAUAUUUAUACAUGUACCAAGUGCAGCGAAACUAAACAAGCAACUCUUGGUCAUUUACCAAAAUCAUGGAAAGUUAUUGUUCACACAACUCUUUAUAAUCUUUCAAUUAAAACUGGUCAAAUAUUUGCCUCAAAUAAAGAUCUCUGUACAUUCAUUAUCCAUAAUAUCGAUAUUUUAUUAACGAGUGGUAAAACUACAGAACACUUAAAUAAAAACUUAAGUGGUAUCUUAUCAUCUUACAAAAAAUUAUUCUGCUCACCUGUUAGAAAUAUGUGGUGUAUGAAAUCCCAGUAUAAAGAGAAUUUUGGAAAUAAAAAAAUCAUAUUAGAAGAGGAUGAAGAUGACUCUGGUGACGGGUACUAUUACAGGAAGAAAAAACUAAAGUUAAAUAGCUCAAGUAGUUUAAUUAAUAACGAAGAUGAUGACUUUGAAUUAUUAUUAUUCAAUAAUCACACCAAAACAACUUUACCACAAAUUCAACAGCAACCAAAUGUUUUAAUUAAUAAUAAUAAUAAUAAUAUUGAUCCAGUUGUAGAUCUAUCAAAUAAUAAAAUUAACAAUGUAAAUAAUAAAAUUAAUAAUAAUUUAAAUACUAUAAAUAGUAAUGGUAAUAUUAAUAAUAAUAAUAAUAAUAAUAAUAAUAAUAAUAAUAAUAAUAAUAGUAAUAAAAAUAAUAAUAAUAAUAUAAGUAAUAAUAGCAAAAACAACAUAGAUAAUAUAACUAUUAACAAACAUGUUGAUGAAAAUGAAAGUAUGGUUUUUAAUGGCAAUGUAGAUAGUAAAAAAAUUGUAAAUAAUAGCCAUAACUAUACAACCUCUUCACAACCAAACCAAAUCGAAAAACAGCAAACUGCUGAACAAACACAACAACAACAACAAAAACUAAUUACUGAGCAACCAUCACCACCACAACAACAACAAAAACAAACUACCGAACAACAAUCGCAACAGGCACAGGAAUUAAUAGGAAAGGAAAGGGAAAAAGAAAUAAAAAAAGAAAUUUUAAUUUUUGAUGAAAGAAUUCAGUUAUUGAUUGGUUUUUUAAAAGUAAAAACCUUUCAAGUUUUAAAGGUAUUAAGAAAAGAAAUCGAGGAAAUGGAAAUUCCAGAACUAGAUAGUCUAGAGUUUAGAUUUCUUUUAAAAGGAACACCAGUAUCAUUAAAACAAGAGUUAUUAUAUACCAUCGAUGACUGUCUUUUGAUUCAUCCACAACAAAAUAGGAUUAACAUUCAACUAAGAUCAAUAAUUCCAAAUAACACAAUAUUUUUUAAUAAUAAUUUGAUAAAUGGUUUCAAUUAUCAGAAAAAUAACAAAAACAAUGAUUCAAAUAACUGUAGUAAUAAUCAUUGUUAUAGUUAUAAACAAAACACAAAUCCCUUCAAAUAA